UUGCCAUGAACCGAAGGGUUAGAACAAGCAUCCCCCAACACCACCACAGCUUCCACAAGUACCUAAAACCGGGUGCCCUAGCUCGAAUCCGCGAUUUGCGCAUCAUCAGCGCCAGAUCUCACCGGAUUGGCUCCAUCUGCCGGAUCCAUCUCCGUCGCACUUCUCCUCCUUCCUCCCCGUUGCAUGCGCCGCGGGACACCGCCACCGCUCAGCCUCAGGCCAACGCUGCCGAUUCCUUGGACGGUUUCCCGGUCUUCGUUGCCAGGAUCUACGGACCUCGCUGUCCGCAGCGGAAGAAGCUCAUGGCCGCCAAGUCCGUUAUGUUCGCUCCAGUCAGUCCCGCCGCUGACUCUCCCGAUCUGGUCAUUGACUCCUUCGGCAGUGACUUCAUCAUGGCCAAUUGAAAACAUUCCUUGGUUUCUGAUUUUUCUUCUUUCAGAGGCGGUUAUUCGGCUAUAGUAUUUAGAGUGGUUUAGAUGUGUAGAUCGACUUGUUCUUUGUAGUACUUCUUUUUUAUUAUAUGUGCAAAAGAAUUGUUAGAAUUGUUUAGAUAGGGUUCAAACUCAAAUUAAUAGAGUGCAAUUAAAUUUCCAACUUUACAUAUAUAUAUAA